AUGGCCCCUGUCUCCACCGUUGGCAUCAAGCGCUCCGCACCGAGCGACGACGACGAGCAGCCUAGUAUCUGGUGCAAGGGGUCAUCGUCGCACCAGGCACACCAGAACACUUUCAAGGGCAAGCAAGUAGUCGACCCUGAAGACCACGGUGGUGACAAAGCUAACAAGCGGAAGUGGCACCGGUGUCUUGCCAUCGACAUCAAUGCGGUGCCCCACAACAAAGACGACGACGACCUCGACAACCCUCUUCAUGUCGGGUCCCCCGCUGCAGGUGGUAGGUUCUCCCAGCCACCGCACUGGCUGCUCUCACUCGUGAACAAGAAGCAAGCACAGGAGAACAAGAUACUGGAGCUUGCAGAGCAGCGCUUACACUGGGCCACAAAGCAGCUGAUGGAGGAAAUAGAGCUCAAGAAGAUGCAGUUGGAGAAUGAGAAGAUGCGGCUGGAGAACAUCAGGCUCCAGAUCACGUCAGACCAUAGAAGGCGCGUGGUGUUCCUGAGAUCCCCGAUCGGUGAAAAAAAAGAAAAACUGCCCCACCCCGCCCCUAACCUAACCUCCCCCGAUCCCAUCUGGCCCCUCCCCCAAACUGCAUCGCGCCACCGCCGCCUCCCUCCCCGCCCCGCGCCGCCGCCGGGCCCCGGCCACCUACAACGUCGCGGCCACCCCCCACCAGGAACCCCCCACGCCGCCGUCGUCGCCCCCACCGCCGCCUCCCCCGCCAGGAAGCCAAGCCAGUGCAGCGGCCACCACCUCCACCCGCCGGUGCAGCCACCGGCCCCGGCCACGCGCACCACCGCGCCCCAGCUCCACCGGCCCCCUGACUCCUGGAUCCACUGGCACCGGCGCCGUCGCCCCAACCUCCGUCUUCCACUGUCGCCGGCCUCCUCCCCGGACCACCUCGCCGCCGCGCGCCGCCGACUCAGAUCGUCGCCGGCCUUCCUCCCCUGCUUCCACCGCGGAGGUGGCCUCCGUUUGCCGUCAACCGCCACCGCGACCUGCCCCAGGGCGCCCCCGCGACCUGCCCAUGUCUCCAGGUGCCUCAACACCUUCACAGCGCCUCACUCCCGCGGCAUGUCUCCAGGAGCGGUCGUCGGAGUCCUUAAUCGCUUGCACUACUUGCUUUUAGCACCUUGUCGAUGGAUACAAGGCACUGUGUGGUGUGCGAUCUCAUUUUUGGAUGGGGCGCCGUCGCGACCACCAUCUGCCCGGAGCUCCGCAUCCCGUCCGCCGCCGCGUCUGCCUUGCGUCCUCACGACCUCCGCGGCCAGUCCACCAACGCCCUCCGAGUGUGCCCUGAGCAAGGCGUAGGGUGCGUGCUGAAUGCGUUUGUUCAUGCACUGGUGUGUGUGCGUGCUGGCCUUUGUGUGAGUGCUGGGUGUGUUGCUUGCGUGCUGUGAUGUAUGAUGUGUAGAUUUUUUUUUGAAGUUCAUGUUGUGAACCCAACUAAGUUUGAACACAAAUGAUCAGAUCGCUACUGCUUUGUAUUUGCUCCUGUAGCAGAAAUCUCGCUUCCCUGCUGCUGUUAUGACCAUGUAUUGUUUCAAAAUGACUUUUUGUCUGAAGUUCAGUAGUAUCUGUUGGUGCAAAAAAGUUGCUUCAGUUUCAUGGGUCCUUCAAAAAAUGAAUGGGAAAAAGGAGUUUUCUUCUCCAAAA